AUCCAUGGGUUUGUCGUUUGAUAUGAGAUGGUUUUGUUGAAUCAUACUGAGGAAUCUUUAGUUGUAUGUCGAUUGUUUUUAAAUAAUGCCAUUGUUACUUUUUUGAAACCUUUUUACUCAUUUGAAAAUAGUUAUGCAGAGAUUCGAUAGUUGCAUCUUAUGGUGCAAUGUCAUAGUGACCAAUACCAGUCUCCAUGUUGGUGCCAGUACAUUGUACCUACAAGAAGAAAAUUCAGGAUUUCGCAAACAAAUGCGACUGACAUUUUCAGUUUCAGUGCUAAAAUGUAGAAGCUAACUUAUGGAACUUUUUAAUGCCAGAAUAUCCCAUUGCUGUAUGUUCCUCUCGAGGCAGUAAUGUCAAAAUACUAUGGUGAAAGUGAGCGUCUGCUGGGAACAGUGUUUACUCUUGCUAAUGAUCUCUCUACUGGUGCCAUUGUUUUCUUGGACGAGGUUGAUUCUUUUGCUGCAACUCGUGAUAGUGACAUGCAUGAAGCUACUCGCAGAAUUUUGUCAGUGUUACUGAGACAGAUUGAUGGAUUUGGACAGGGCAAGCGGGUAGUGGUCAUUGCCGCGACAAAUAGAAAACAAGACCUUGAUCCUGCACUUAUGAGUCGCUUCGAUUCAGUCAUCACAUUUGGUUUACCCGAUCAUCAAGACCGACAAAAGAUAAUAAUGCAGUAUGCAAAGCAUCUAAAUAAGGAUGAACUGGCAGAAUUUGCCUCUGUAUCAGAAGGGAUGUCAGGGCGAGAUAUACGUGAUGUUUGCCAAUGUGCUGAAAGACACUGGGCAUCAAAGAUAAUAAGAGGCGAGACUCCUGAUUCUACAACAAAAAGUUAUCUUCCUCCCUUAGAGGACUAUCUUGAGAGUGCGAUACGCCGGAGACAGACACUGCUUGAUUUUACGAAGCUAACAUACAAAAAACCAAAUUCUCACACUAUAAAUCAGUCACUGGCUUUUGCUAGCUGAGAAGAAAAUCGUGAACUGAA